AUGGCCCCCCUGCACAUCAACCUCAGCGAGACAAGCCGCUGGCUCGCCCAGCUGCACACCACCAACCUCAUUCCCGCCGACGGCGCGCCGACAAGUUCCUCCUCCGCUUCCUCGUCGACGCGCAGCCGCGGUCGAAGCGUCGACCUCAGCCCGACAACUUCAGCGUCGUCGUCGUCCGGCUCGCCUACCUCGCCCGUCGACUCGGGCACGACGACCUGUCUGCUCACCGAGUCCCGCGCCCGGAGCCUGCAGCGGCUGUGCGACCUGAGCGACGUCAACGCGCGGUUCUCGCCGACCAACAUCAACUACGUCAAGACGGCGGCGCCUCGGGACAAGGGCGCCUCGCCGACGACGACGACGACGACGACGGCACGGUCGAGGUGGUACCGCAAGGCAUCGGGACAGUCGCUGGAGGCGCUGGAGGGAAGCUCGAUGCGCAAGUAUUCGUUUUCAAAAUUCAGGCUGCGAUAG